CACCAAAUAAUUCAAAUAAGGACUUAUCCCCUCCUCUACACUGCCCAAAGGCGUCUAGAAGACCUUGACGUAGGAGUUUGAAAGAAGACCUGGACGUACCCACGUUUACACUGUGUCAUAUUGUGGUAUACAUGUACUGUUCGACCCAGGGACACAACCCAAGGCAAUGCCGAUGCUCCCCAGGUAGGGAUGUCGUCUUGUUCAUCAAGUAGACUCUGAAACAGGGAGAUCUGGUUGUUGCUAAAAUGACACUGUUUACAUAUGCAUAAAUUGACUCAAUCCCUUGUAAACAUGACCGACCAAGGAGUGAACGUGGAUCGUUCCAGAUUUUGCCCAGUGGAAACCCAGGUCCGCCUGUGCUGAUAAUCUUUUUAGUCCUUUAUACCUUGCGAGCAGUGUACGUGGGUCGGUUGAUAUAGCAACGACGUAGGCAGCGUGUGAAACGGUCUCUCUGUACGUGUGCCUACGCCAUGUGGCGAGAACAUUUAUAUACCGGUCUACACACCACGCCAGACACUGACUGCAGACAGAGCACCUGACGUGCGAUUGAAUUGGAGAUCCUUGAUACAUAUUUAAAACAAACAAAAUGCAUCUGACAACUACAAUUGUCCUCGUCAUCGUUGGUCUCGCCCUCACAGCUGGCGGGAGACUAGGCGGCAAGGGCCAAGGCGGCAAAGGAGGCGGAAAAGGAACCGGAGGCAAGGGUUCAGGAGCAUCCAAGCUUGGUGGGAUUGACAAAUCUCCACAGUUCAGCAUUGGUGGCAACCUCACUCUCUCAAACGUUGACCUCAUGCAAACCUUGGCGUCACGUGGUGUGUCAUGGCUGACAUUCCAGCUGCGCGAGAUCCAAUUCCUUCCCAAGGGCAAGGUCGGCAACUAUUUCGCCUUCGGAUACUACCGAUACGCUGACCGUGGCGGGAAAGGAAGCAAUCUGGCGUCCUCCGCGACUCUUCGCGCCGACGUGGGUCUCACGUUCCUCGAUAUUCUGACUCGAGACCAGCGCCAGAUCCUCUGGGAUGCCGUGGAAAGAGAAGCACCUAUGGAUGCUAACUACAUGACCGCCAGAAACAUCGCCAUUGAAGAGCUGUACAAACUCAAACAGUCCAAGGACGCCAAGAUUGACGAAAAUUUGAUCCUGAACCAAACUGCCACGGCCGGUUAUUGGGAGGGUAAACUCGGGUACGACCAGGCCGUAGCAAUGGUUGCCGUGCUAAACAGCAUGACUGAUUCUCAGCGGGCUUUACUUCUCCCAGUCCGCACGGGCGAGUACGCAUACAACGAGACCACGUCCAGCAACAGUCACGGCGACUUACUGGGUCCCCAUAGCGGCGACGCAUCUCACGCCGGCAAUCUCCGUGACCUUAGCGCCAAAGCCAUGACCUUUGCCACGUCGACCAUGGAACAGGCGAGGUGGACCGAACUUGCCAGAUAUGCUAAUUACUUCGGGUUUGCCACUUUCCGUUCCUACAGUAAGAUCGACUCUGGGAUCGGCCAGGCGGCGGGGCUGAGGUCGAACGCGUUCAAAAAGUUCCUGGAGAUUUGCACUGAGGAACAGAAACGGGUUAUUUACAACGCCACCCUGGAGGAAACCAAGGACAUGAAGGCCAUCCUGGAGAUCCACGACAAAAUCCUGGCAGAGAUCUGGAAGCUGAAGGACGGAGACAAGGCUAGGGAGGACAGGAUUGUACAGUGGGCUGAAACACUCAGCCGUCACGAAGGUGUGGUGGCACUUAGCCAGGCAAAGGCACUUAGCAAGGUGUACUGGGCCUUUGACGACGCCCAGAAGACCCAACUGGCUGCCUUAGCUCAGGUGAACUCUCGCCCAGUCAUCGGCUAACACCGAGAAGAUAGAAGUAGCCUCCGAGGUUGUGCCAUAUUUGUUUUGCUACUAUUGGAAAAAUACGCACUCAUUACUGGAUCUGAUAACAUUUGAAACGGCCACUCCAUUUGAUGGGACUUAAAUUCGAAUUCACUAUUUGAAAAAAUCAAUUUGAUGAAUAUAAGAUAAUAAAAAUAAUUUGCGUGACUAAAUGACAAAUUAGCAUUAUUGAUGAUUUUGUUCUAAAAAAUAUACAAAAGAAAUGCACUCGAUGGCGUAGCCAAUGGCGCUAAGGCGUGGAUACAGAUAUACAGAAGUAAAAAGUCAA